AAAAAACCAACAAAUGAAAACGAGAGAGAGAGAGAGAGAGAGAGAGAGAGAGAGGGGGGGGGUUAAACGAGUUUAUUGGCGAAGCGAAGAUUGGUUCGCUCAACGAACGCUUCAACGGCAAAAUUUCCCGGGCGAAAAAAAGAGGAGGGGGUUCGUGUCUCUCUCUUUGAUCUCGUUCUCGCAACAAUUCCCUUCAUUCCCCUCUCACGCAUAGUUUUCCAUCUCCACCAUAAGACGGUGAUUAAUUGAAGCGUGAGGAAGUUUCAGCAAGUGGAGGAGAGAGAGAGAGACAGAGAGAAGAAAAAGGGGUGGUGUUGUUUGUGUGUUGUAGAGUGAUUCAGAAAAAAGGGGUCCUCAGGUGAAAGAUCUGAGGCUUUUAGGUUUUUGAGGGUGUAAUCGAAGAAGAAGAAGAAGAUGAGCGCUUCAAAGUUCAUCAAGUGCGUUACUGUUGGGGAUGGAGCUGUGGGCAAAACUUGCUUGCUAAUAUCCUACACCAGCAACACCUUCCCCACCGAUUAUGUGCCAACUGUUUUUGACAAUUUCAGUGCAAAUGUUGUUGUCAAUGGAGCCACAGUUAAUCUCGGUUUGUGGGACACUGCAGGGCAAGAGGAUUAUAACAGACUACGACCUUUGAGUUAUCGUGGUGCCGAUGUUUUCAUAUUGGCUUUCUCUCUCAUAAGCAAGGCCAGUUAUGAAAAUGUUUCCAAAAAGUGGAUCCCAGAAUUGAAACAUUAUGCACCUGGUGUCCCCAUCAUUUUGGUUGGCACAAAGCUUGAUCUUCGGGAUGACAAGCAGUUCUUCAUUGACCAUCCUGGUGCCGUACCCAUCACUAAUGCUCAGGGAGAAGAGCUCAGGAAGCUUAUCAAUGCACCAGCUUACAUUGAAUGCAGUUCAAAAUCUCAGCAGAACGUGAAGGCGGUCUUUGAUGCGGCUAUUCGAGUUGUUCUUCAACCUCCUAAGCAGAAGAAAAAGAAGGGUAAAGCACAGAAGGCCUGUUCAAUAUUGUAAUUCGACUAGGGUUCUAAAAAGAAAGAUCCGUAUAUGUCUCCUACUUGUAUUUCCUUGUCUCCUCUUCCCUUCUUCCUUUUCUUCAUUCCCCUUUGCAGUUGAAGAAGUUGGUGUCUAUGUGAGUUUAUUAUCUGUCAUAUAUUCCAAAAGAAGAAAAAAAAAACUUCCUUGAAGCUUAAGGUUGUUGAUGCAUUGCAUUAGUGGAGUUAAUUGUGAAAAACUUAUUGUCAAAAGUUGCA